UAACUGGGUGCGGGGAGAGGUGGACUCUCAGUAAAUCAUCAGAGUCCUACUCCAAUGUGAACGGGGAGGUGAACGCUGCUAUAGGCGCUGGCGUGCUCCCUGUGCGUGGCUGAGCAGGUCUUCACCACCACAGCUGCGGUCAGAGUGCAGCUCCUUCCUCUCCCUCCUUUUGCCUCAAUUCAGCAGUAGCAGAGGAAGCGCCGAAAGAACAGAGCCCAGAAGAUCCCACCAGAUUUCAAAAGCACUGACCUGGCAGUGGUGCACUUUAGUGCCCGCACUGAACCUUUGAAAGCUGCAGUCCCAUGCAGAGCUGAACUUCCCCAGCAUGGCUUCAUGUGAGGCUCUAUAGAAAAGGCUCCUCUGUUGGUUGAUGGAAAGGGAUAAACUCUUGUUAUAGUGGAAGCAGAAUCAGAACCAGCUUCUGUUUCUAGGUGCCAGUUGCGCAGAGGUGGGAGGUGGGCUGGAGUGGUGGCACCUAUCUCUCUCAAGGAGAUCUGACACUUCAAGAGCGGGGUUGGCAUGCGGGGGAAGUUGUCCUUGUGAAGUGGAAUAAAGAUGGCAUGGGACAGCACUGGAGCAAAGGCUGAAGGCUUCAGACACACUGGUUCUGCUGACGCCUUGCUCUGACUGCCCUUGGCACCCUGUGGACCUGGCAGUGCAGCAUGGUCAGGAUGAGGAGGAAGAGGCUGUGGACAUCUUGCAUCUGCUUUGCAGCUUUCUUUUUCCUUGUGGUGACACUCCAGGUUAUCACGGAACUGGGCAAUUCAGAGAAUAAGGAAGCAGCAGUCUCCAGUUUACACAGUGGCCCACUGAAGCCUGAUGAGAGACAUGCUUCCCUGCUUAAGAAGAAGGAACUUUACAGUAACUUCAGGACAGAGCCUGUUACAGAUCACUACCCCAUCCUGCUCUGGUGGUCUCCCCUGACUGGAGAGACAGGGAGACUGGGGCAAUGUGGUGAGGAUGUUUGUUUCUUUACUAUUAACAAGACCUACCAGCACAGUCAGAUGACAAGAGCUUUUUUGUUCUACGGUACUGACUUCAGUAUAGACAGCCUACCCCUUCCUCGAAAAGACCAUCAUGAUUGGGCUCUUUUCCACGAGGAAUCACCAAAAAACAACUACAAACUUUUCCAUGAACCAGCUGUCACCUUAUUCAACCACACUGCAACUUUCAGCCGUCAUUCUCACCUUCCGCUGACAACUCAGUACCUUCAGAGCAUAGAGGUUCUCAGGUCCUUGAGACAUAUGAUCCCAGUGCAGAUGAAGAAUAGCCUGAGGAAGCGGCUCGCACCACUUGUGUACGUGCAGUCUGACUGCAACGCUCCUUCUGACCGGGACAGCUAUGUACGUGAGUUGAUGUGUCACAUUGAAGUUGACUCUUAUGGAGAAUGUUUGCAUAACAGAGACCUUCCUCAGCAUCUCAGAAAUCCAUCUGCCAUGGAUGAUGGGAACUUCUAUAAAAUACUGGCACAGUACAAGUUCAUUCUUGCUUUUGAAAAUGCCAUCUGUGAAGAUUAUAUCACUGAAAAACUCUGGCGGCCUCUGAUGCUGGGAGUGGUACCUGUGUACUUUGGUUCUCCCAGCAUUACAGACUGGCUCCCCAGCAACAAGAGUGUAAUCUUGGUAUCUAGUUUUUCACAUCCUCGAGAGUUGGCCCACUAUAUCAAAAAGCUGGAUCAAAAUGACCAGGAGUAUGAGGCCUACCUGGAGUGGAAACUGAAAGGAGACAUUUCCAAUCCAAGACUGCUUACAGCAAUGAAGGAUCGCAAAUGGGGAGUGCAAGAUAUCACUCAGGACAAUUACAUUGACACAUUUGAGUGCAUGGUGUGUAACAGAGUGUGGGAAAACAUCAGAAGAGAAGAAAAGGGAUGGCUGCCCCAGAGGUGGAGUGCUCAGGUUAACCAUCUGAACUGCCCCAAACCUGAGGCUUUCUGGUUCUCCUCUUCAAAUCCCAGCCAGACCUCCCUGCAAGAGAUGUGGAUAGCAAGUUUUGAACAGUCCAAGAAGGAAGCCUGGGCGCUGAGGCAGCUGGUGGAAAGGAACAGGAAUUUUACAGCUCAAGAAUUUUGGAUGCUUGUAUUCAAAGAAUAAAUACAACAACUGUAAAACAAA